UGCCACACACCUGAUUUUCAGCUCCCAUGGGCCUCCAACUACUUUGCCUGCUGAUGCAGUUACUGGGUUUCGCGCUCUUCCCAGCCCAAUGCAAAAUAAUCCUCGGGGAAGAGCCUUUCGAGGACGACUUUGUGGAUGUGGACUUCACUGGCUGCGCAAAGUGCGAGCAGAACUACAGGAACUUUGUGUUCGUCCUGAAGAGUUCGAAGGGGACAGAAGAGGCGGCUGCUUCCGCUUAUCCGUAUGUGGCCUGUUUAAUGUGGCUCAUUUUGGCUGCUCUGGUUAUUGGCCAGCGUUGGCGGCAAGUGCACGUGCUGGACAACGGACAACGGACAACGGACACUGGACUACAGACUACGGACUACGGAAUAUGGAUUGGGGACUACGGAAAAGGUCCUGUCCACCCGCUGGCUGUUGCUGUUGCUGUUGCUGGUACUGCUGCUCCUGCUGCCGUUUCCUGUGCUAGAAUUUAGCAAUAUAUUUUUCUUACUCCGUUUGACGUCCUUCGUAUCUGGCCAACUGCAAUAGCCCACAGCCAGCAGCAAUCAGUGCUGCCACCAACUGCA